AUGGUAAAUGCCCGUUUACUCUAUGAACUGGAGAAAAAUGGGUAUAUUUCACCUUUCCAAAGUGGUUUCCGUCGAGGACGUUCUACCAGUGACAACUUAAUUAGGCUUGAAUCUCAGAUUCGGAAUGCGUUUGAUAUAGAAAAGGCGUACGAUCGUACGUGGCGGUAUGGUAUUCUCCGUGCCUUAGGUGAUUUUGGUUUUAAGGGUAACUUGCCAGUUUUUAUUCAAAAUUUUUUAAAAUUUCGUACAUUUCGAGUCCGUAUUGGUAAUACAUUUUCUCAUCAUUUUAUUCAAAAUGAGGGUGUUCCUCAAGGAAGUGUUUUGAGUGUUACCCUUUUUAUUCUUCAUAUAAGCAAAAUCCUUCAUGUUUUGCCAUCAUCGGUUUGUGGAACAUUAUAUGUGGAUGAUUUACAAAUCUCCUGUCAGGGGUCUAACAUGAAUUUAAUAGAGCGACAACUCCAGAGAGCUGUUAACAAACUUAUUUCAUGGUGUGACGAGAAUGGGCAUACUCUAUCCCCUGAGAAGAGCCGUUGCGUACACUUUUGUCGGAAACGGAGUCUACACCCUGAUCCUGUGAUACAAAUUCGAGGUGUUGAUAUUCCAGUCGUUGAAGAGUCCUCUCAACUACCAGAUGGGGGGGCAGAUCGAACAUCUCUACUUCGUAUCUAUCAGUCUGUUAUUCUAUCAAGAAUUGAUUAUGGAUGCGAAAUAUAUGGUACAGCUCGUUCUAGUGUUCUCCGAAAUUUAGACACAGUAUACAACAGUGCUUUGCGUAUCUGUUCUGGAGCCUUUCGUACAUCACCAGUUCAUAGUUUAUAUGUGAUUUGUCAUCAACUUCCACUUCAUCUGAGACGAAAAAAAUUAUCUGAACUAUAUUUUUUCCGUAUUGAAUCUUUUAUCAAUCACCCUAUUCGUCGAGUGAAUUUACCUAUUGGUUUGGGACGAUUAUAUAAUGCACGUCCUUCUAAUAUCCUACCUUUUCGUGAAAGGAUAACAAGGACUUUCGCUGAUCCAGGAAUUUUAAAUCUGCAGGUUCAUAAUACUACCGCUUAUGCUUUGCCGCCCUGGGAUAUACCAGAAAUAUCAUAUCUUAACCCUUUUCUCGCUUAUGACAAGUCUGCCACUUCAUCUGUUGUCUUUCAACAACUUUUUCUAUAUCACCGCAAUGAAUAUUCUACACACAUUCCUGUUUUUACGGAUGGCUCAAAGACAGCUUAUCAAGUAGGUUGUGCUGUCGUCAUUGCUGAGGACGCAAGCAGCUUUCAUAUGAGUGCUCUGGAGGCCCUCAGCCAUCCUCACACCAAAACACAUCCAGUAGCUGUAGAUAUCCUUCAUCUUUGGAGAAACUUGCAAGCUCGGAACUACCAAAUUCUAUUUUGUUGGUUACCUGGCCAUGUUGGCAUUGUUGGCAAUGAAUCUGCCGAUGCUGCAGCAAAGACAGCAUCCACUUCUCUACAACGAGCUAUUCCAUACACUGAUUUCAAAAAAUAUAUUUCUCAACGUAUUUUCUGUCUAUGGAAAGAAUCAUGGGAUUUGCAGAUUUCUAAUAAACUGCAUUCUCUUCAAUCUGACAUUACUCUGUGGCCAGUUGUGCCAAUACGCGAGUUGGACGUCAAAUUGACUCGGCUUCGCAUUGGCCAUACUCGCCUCACACAUAAACAUCUUCUAUUUGCUUUCCUUUUCUCGACGGUAAGGUCGGGCGAGGUAGCUCUCUGUGAGAAGCCAUCACCACCUAGUUUGAUUCUUGCUUCUUAA